ACAAAACCCGACUCUGUCCCCCCAACAAACGACUUCUCAUAUGUGCUCUUUUCCCUAUGAUCUAAAAGUACUACGGUGAUUUACCUGAUGCCCUUUUUGAUUUCUGUUCAUUUUCGUUUGUCCUAUCUCAUCUUGGCAUACCUUUUGCAGUGGUGUUCGGCAUCUACCGCUUUGUACCUUACCAGACACUUUGACUUAUAUCACGUCACGAAGAAGCUUAAUUUAACCGUCAGCCACCGCUAAGUUACUCCAUCAUGGGAGUUGGUUCGUUUCUUGAACCUCUCGUCGUGGUGACUCUCCUCUUUGGGGGCGCCUACUUCAACCGUAGCAAGGACUACAACUUCUGGACCAAUAAGUCGGGCUUCGCCAGCCUCAAGAGCUAUAAGCGUUCCGAUGACCUACCGAAACGAGACUCGACCGAGAGUUUGAUGAGUGGAUGGAGUGGUUCACGCUCGCCAACUCUUGACUCUCAUAAGAAUGCCCAGUCGAGUCUACGCCGUCGAAAAUUGCAAGUGUUUGGAUACAAGCGCAUCGUUUCUACACCAAACACACAAGUCUUUGAGGACCGUCUUCUAAGUCGACUUUUGAAGAAGCUGCCUUUCUUGGUCGAGUGCUGGUACUGGUUCCUCAUCUACUUUGUGUACCAGGUUGGUCGGGCCAUCACUGCCUUGACUCUCGAUGAGGGCACCGUCGAUGUAGCUCGUCGACACGCUCUUCAAAUCAUUCAUCUCGAACAGCGCCUUCAUAUCUUCUGGGAGGUCGAUUUCCAAAAAUGGUUCCUUGCUCGACCAACCAUUCUCCAUUGGAUCAACCGCAUAUAUUCCUUCAUCCAUAUUCCCGGUACUAUCAUGUUCCUGGUGGUGCUAUACUACUUCACAACAACUCGCCAUCGUCGCUUUGCUGUUGGUAGUGUGCGUUACGACAACGUGACUGCUGGCCCUGCUUUGUAUGAAGCCCGCCGACGAACUAUGGCCAUGUGCAAUCUCAUUGCGUUUGUCGUCUUCACAAGCUGGCCUUGCAUGCCGCCUCGUCUUCUGAGUGAUCUCGAGUAUCGGGGUCCGGAUGCUAAGGAAUCCAAGAGCUUUGGUUUCAUCGACACUGUUCACAGUGGUACUGGUGAAAGCAGCGUCUGGACUACUAACAAAUUCUGUAAUCAAUAUGCUGCCAUGCCUUCAUUGCACUUUGGUUACUCUCUCCUCGUCGGCCUCACAGUCGCUACUAUCCCCAUCGCCGGCCUAAGAUCCUCAUCAUGGAAGCGAAUUAUCCUCGUUGCCGUGGGCAUGUCAUACCCAGCUCUGAUUCUGACUGCCAUUGUUGCAACGGCCAACCACUUCAUCCUCGACGCCGUGGCCGGUGCCAUGGUUUGCGCUAUUGCCUGGAACUGCAACGAUUUCCUGCUCAACUUUUGCAUUAUCGAGGACUACUUCCUAGCUUUGCUGCGCCUUCACAAGCCAGUGAACUGGACGGAUCCUGAGACAGCCGUUGAGCCCGAGUUCCAGAGUGCUUUCAUGUCCGAGGAUGUUUAAAAGUGGACGAACAAAACGAGUCCAUGAAUUUCAUAUAUAAUUAUUUACUUCGAGGGUUUUUCUCAUUUAGCCGUUGGGCAGCAUAUGUCGACAGUUUUAUGACUGCGGUAGUCGUUUAUAAUAGCGCUUGUCUGAAAGAAGUUGGGUGAAUACCACCAACACAAGGAUGGAACAUAGAUGUACGCAGACAUACCCUACCGUCAGUUGGAUACCUUCUGCACCAGGUUUUUGAAGUUGAUAAUCCCACAAAGGGAACGAUCAUGGUUC